UUUUAACGUCGUGACGCAAUAAUCGGAGGUUGAGCUGGUCGAGGCGGCCUGGGAAAGAAAUCCAUCGACCUUCGAGGUUAUCAUCUGCGAUUCGUGCGUCUUCGACGUUUUGGAAAGGGAAAAAAAGGUCUGAAACCUGAAAAUGCUCGAGGCCCUCUUUUUCCUUUACAACGACAGGUCGCCAAAUUUCUCAUGUAAGGACUUAGAAAUUCUCAAAACGGAAGGGAUGGGGAAAAAACUCGUACCUCCCUUUUGAAGAAGUGAUAAAAAUAUACCAGUAAAACGUGAGUUUACAAAAAAAAAUUAGUAAAACAAAAGAAUUUCGUUUUUCUCUUUUUUUUCGUUUGCUGAAAAUUUUCUUAAAAACAAAACCAUUUUGUAAUUUUUCAAAACGGGCGUUAUAAAUGUGAAUAAAAUCCGAGUCACCGGAUAGUUGCUGUACUCGCCCGAUGCUGUGUAAAUGAGGAUUGGAUCGGUGACCGAGGGAAUCGCGAAGAAAUCAUGGGAACGGAAUGCGAGGAGGCGGCCGCCAAGGCGGAAGAGGCGGUGAAGAAGAGCUCCGAGGAGUCGGUGAGCGAGGAGGCGAGAAUGAGCGAAGAGGAGGACGACGACGAAGAGAAAGACAACAGGGCCAAGGACAACAGCCGGGAAAAGGAAGCGGAGGCGGAGAAAAACAAUGAAAACGGGAAAAAGAGAGCCAAAGAGGACAAACCUCCCACGAAGAUAGUGAUCAGAAGGCUCCCUCCGACGAUGACAGAGGAAAACUUUAUUGAACAGAUCUCACCAAUUCCCCCAUUUGAUUACAUGUACUUCAUACCUGGAGAUGCAUCCAACGGGAUUUAUUCAUUCUCGAGAGCCUACAUCAACUUCUACUAUCAGGAGGACAUAUUCACAUUCACCCAAACCUUUGAUGGUUACGUUUUUUUUGACACGAAAGGUCAAGAAUACCCAGCAGUUGUUGAAUUUGCCCCCUUCCAGAGAAUUCCAAAGCGAAUGAAAAAAAAGGACCGGUUGUGUGGUACUAUCGAGUGUGACCCUGCGUACAUCGCAUUCAAGGAGAAUCUCCAGGCAGAGGCCCUUGAAAAUUCUAAACCCGGAUCGACUGUCAAACAACACUUUUUUGAGACUGAAAUUUCAACAACCGAGGAAAUUAACACUACUCCCUUAUUGGAAUAUCUCAAGCAGAAGAAAGCCGAAAAAGCAAGGAUCAAAGAUGAAAGGAGAGAGGAGAAAAAACGGAAAGAGACAGAAAGGAGGAUGAAGCAGAAAAUCAAAGAGAAAAGAGGUGAAGGAGAAGAAGAAGAACCAAAGGACAUUAAGUUGCUCCAGCCGAAAGAAAAGAAAGAGACAAAAGAAAAAGAAACAAAAGAGAAAGAAACAAAGAUCCGCAGGAAAGACGACAAGGAAAAACCUACUAAGGAAAUUAGGACAAGGGAGUUCAAGAAUAGGAAUAACAAGUUUCACGACGAUAGGAAGAAUGAUAAAAGGGAUGAUAAAAGAAAAUACACUUUGAACACAUCUCUUGACAAAAAGGUCGAGGAAGAUGGUAACGAGAACCACGAAUCGGCUGGCAAAGAUGAGAAGCCAAAAUUUGAGAAGAGGAGCAACCAGAGAAAAAACUCUAAAAAUGAAAGUGAAGAGGUCAGGAAUGAUUCUAUGUACGACAAUGAUAGAAAGAAGGAGGGACGAAAGAUAAAAAGAGAUUCCGAGAGGCAAAGGAAGAGGAAAGAAAUCUGGCUUAAAAAACAGGAAGGGAAAAACUUGGAGGAUAAGCGUAAAGUCAAGAAAAAUGAUGUUCUCAGUCUGGUGAAAGAAGAAAAUGAAGGAUUGAAAGUCAAUGAAGAAAGCCAAGAGAACGAUGAUCCGAUGGUUAAAAAUGUAAAAAGAAGAAAUUCAUUUGAUAAUUCUAAGAAAACUGAGACUGAUGAAGGUGUGGAGGUUUACAAUUCAAAACGCAGGAGCUCUUUAGAAAGCGACCAUGUUAAUCUGCUCAGAGAGACAUUUGUAGAUCCAUUUAUUACAUCAAAUAAAACCAACAUAAAACAGUCAAACAGAAAAUCAAAUGAUAAAUCUUUGAAAACUAGUCUUACAGAGAUUGAAUCUAAGAAGGCCGAACUGAAAAGAGAAUCUGAUCAGAAGACGUCGAAGGAAGAAACAAAUACUUGCCAAACAAAGGUGAAAAGAGAUGGGAAUAAAACAAAAGAGGGGAACUCUGUCAGAUCAGGGAAAGAUCCGAGGACUGAGCGCCGUAUUAGAAACAAGGAUCGUCCUUCUAUUGAGAUAUACCGUCCUGGGAUGGGAAAGUUCAGCAAACAGAGGUUUGAAAAAGAAAAGAUACUCGGUAGCAGUACUGAGCAAGACUCGCCUUCGCACAGCCCAUCCCCGACACAUCAAUUAUUAAAACCCGGAGGGGAAUAAUUUUCUCCCUUUGAAAUGCUCCAAUAUUUUAUAAUUGUGUACAUAUCAAAGUUACCAAAGCUUUUUAGUUUAUUUUUUUAUACAAAAGGACUAACUUUUGUUUUCCAGUUAUUGAAUUGUUAAAUAGCUUUGAUGUACAUGUACACUGCAAUGUAAUUCAAAUUGAUAUUUACACAAACAAACAGAAAUUAAGAAUAUUUAAUGAAAACUGUUGGAUUUAUCCAGAAUUUAAAUCAUUCCUCUCCUUUGUAAGAAUAGUUCAAUAUUCAUAUUUUUUUGUUACUUUUUUCUCUCAAUAUUUUAGGUGCUGAUGUACAUUUUGUAAGCCUGAUUUAUCUUAUAUGCAAUUCUUUCCUUUCCUUUUUUAAAGUAAAAGAUAUUAGGUUUAUUUAUUAAGUGACUUAA